AUGUUGAAACCCAACAACAAAGCCGAAAAGGAAGAGUCUUAUAUAAAUCUUGGCAUUUUCCAUCAAAAAUCAAGGGAUUUUCAUAAGGCCAUCGAAUACCAUGCGCACCAUCUGCUAACUGCAAAAGAAGUGGGGGAUAAAGCUAGAGAAGGAUGGACUUACGGAAAACGUGGCAUUGCCAACUAUAACUUACGCAAUUUUCAAAAGGCAAUCCAGUACCAUGAGCGUCAUCUAGAAAUUGCAAAAGAAGUGGGGGAUAAAGAUGAAGAAAGAAGGGCCUAUAGAAAUCUUGGCAUUGCCUAUCAGAAGUUAGGCAAUUUUCAUAAGGCCAUUGAGUACCACGAGCGUCAUUUAGAAAUAGCAAAAGAAGGGCUACGCGAUUUUAAUAAGGCGAUCGAAUACCAUGAGCGUCAUCUAGAAAUUGCAAAAGAAGUUGGGGAUAAAGCUGGAGAAAGACGGGCUUAUGGAAAUCUUGGCAUUGCCUAUCAGGAGUUAAGCGAUUUUCAUAAGGCCAUUAAGUACCACGAGCGUCAUUUAGAAAUAGCAAGAGAAGUGCAGGAUAAAGCUGAAGAAGGACGAGCCUAUGGAAAUCUUGGCAAUGCCUAUCAGGGGCUACGCGAUUUUAAUAAGGCGAUCGAAUAUCAUGAGCGUCAUCUAGAAAUAGCAAAAGAAGUUGGGGAUAAAGCUGGAGAAAGACGGGCUUAUGGAAAUCUUGGCAUUGCCUAUCAGAGGUUAGGCGAUUUUCAUAAGGCCAUUGAGUACCACGAGCGUCAUUUUGAAAUAGCAAAAGAGGUGCAGGAUAAGGCUGGAGAAGGACGAGCCUAUGGAAAUCUUGGCAAUGCCUAUCAGGGGCUACGCGAUUUUAAUAAGGCGAUCGAAUACCAUGAGCGUCAUCUAGAAAUUGCAAAAGAAGUUGGGGAUAAAGCUGGAGAAAGAUGGGCUUAUGGAAAUCUUGGCAUUGCCUAUCAGGAGUUAAACAAUUUUCAUAAGGCCAUUGAGUACCACGAGCGUCAUUUAGAAAUAGCAAGAGAAGUGCAGAAUAAGGCUGAAGAAGGACGAACCUACGAAAAUCUUGGCAAUGCCUAUCUUGGGCUACGCGAUUUUAAUAGGGCGAUCGAAUACCACAAGCGUCAUCUAGCAAUUGCAAAAGAGCUUGGGGAUGAAGCUGGAGAAAGACGGGCUUAUGGAAAUCUUGGCAUUGCCUAUGAUAACUUAGGCGAUUUUCAAAAGGCAAUCCAGUACCAUGAGCGUCAUCUAGAAAUAGCAAAAGAAGCGGGGGAUAAAGAUGAAGAAGGAAGGGCUUAUGGAAAUCUUGGCAUUACCUAUCAUGACUUAGGCGAUUUUCAUAAGGCCAUUGAGUACCACGAGCGUCAUUUAGAAAUAGCAAAAGAAGUGCAGGAUAAAGCUGGAGAAGGACGAGCCUAUGGAAAUCUUGGCAAUGCCUAUCAGGGGCUACGCGAUUUUAAUAAGGCGAUCGAAUACCAUGAGCGUCAUCUAGAAAUAGCAAAAGAAGUGGGGGAUAAAGAUGAGGAAGGAAGGGCUUAUGGAAAUCUUGGUAUUGGGAAUUAA